ACGCUUCCAAUUUCCGAUUGGAAAAAUCGAAACCCUAAGGCGCCAAUUUAUUUGCAGUUCAUGGAUAAGCAGAUCAUGGAUCUAUCGACUUCGCCCAGCGCCGGGAACAGCAAAGCUGAUCUUAUCGAUUUCGUGAACACCGAACAGGAUCUUACCGCAACUGUCCCCAAGAAAGAGGAGAUUGUUCCGAGCUAUGAAUUCCAUCCCAUUCGCCCUGUUGUGUCAUCGCAACAGUCGUUGCCUAACGCUAAUUCAAGCAAUGAAAGUGUUCCUAAAGCUUGGAAUUCCGCUGAUUCUAAAACUAGCACAGCAAGCAUUAUUAAAUAUGGACCUCACGAACCCAUGGAAUCUGUUAAAGUCAUUGUAGAGAAGAAUGAGAAUAGAUUUGAUUCAACCUUGAUAUCUGAGAUUGAUCACAUUUUGAAGAAAUAUACUGAUAACCUGCUGCAUGCUCUGGAAGGUGCAAGUGCACAAAUAUCACAAUUAGAAACAAGAUCACGACGGAUUGAAAGUUCUAUGGAUGAUCUAAAAUUGGCUGUUGGCGACUAUUUUGGGAGCACUGAUGGAAAAUUAAGACACCUAGAAAAUCUUGUGAGAGAGGUGCAUACUGAAGUUAAAGCGAUCAGAGAUAAACAAGAUAUAGUAGAAGCAAAGAUGCAGAUUGCAAAGCUUGAGGUUGAGCAGCAGGUGGUAGAGGACCAUGGCACUCAUCCCAGUGAUUCUUUGCAGGCCGCAUCUGCUCCACAACACUCUCAUCAUCAACAACCAGCUUUUCCUUCUGCUCUUGCACACCUUCCAUCACAAUCCUUUCCUCCACCCCAUCAUCAUCCACAACAGAAUCUGCCAUCUCAGGCACAGAUUCCAAACCAACAAUAUCAGUUGAAUCAAAUUUCUUCAGUUCCUCCUCGAGAAUCUUAUACUCCUGCACCUGGCCUAACACCUGAAAUUCCUAGCCAGAUAUAUCAGAUGCCUUUAUCUCAGCAGAUCCAGCCAUCUCCCCCUCCACCACCACCACAGUAUCAGUCAACACCUCAACUUCAGUACUCUCAGCCUCCUCAAUCAAACUCUGCCUUUCCUUCUGCCAAUCCAUCUCAGUCACCUCAACUUAAACCUCAACCCUCAUUAGGGCAUCACACUGAAGAAGCAUCAUUUAUACCACCACAUCAGGGUUAUCCACCAAAUAUCCACAAAACUCCUUCUAUGCCAUCUGGUGGAGCUUUGUCACAGCAGUUCUAUGGAGCUCCUCCUAACAACAUAUAUGAGAUACCAUCCAUCCGGCCUGGUCCAGGAUUUUCUGGUGGGUAUGGUCCGUCAUCUGUACCUGGUGAACCUUAUCUACAUAGUAGCUCAUUUUCCCAGUAUGGAAGUGGGUCACCCAGCAAAUCACAACUUCCGAUGACCAUGAAUCACCAGAGUGGUGGAAGUGGCUAUACCCAACUUCCAACAGCAAAGAUAUUGCCUCAAGCACCUCCUACUGCAUCUCCUAUUGUUGCCAGUGCAGGUUCUACUGGGUCUGGAAAUAGGGUUCCCGUUGACGAUGUAGUGGACAAAGUGACACUCAUGGGAUUUCCGAGAGACCAGGUGAGGGAAACAGUCAGAAAGUUGACAGAUAAUGGCCAGGCAGUGGACUUGAAUGUGGUUUUGGACAAGUUAAUGAAUGAUGGGGAUGUCCAGCCACCACGAGGCUGGUUUGGCCGGUGAUUUUCUCUCCCCGUUCAUGCCCGUGUACACAAGUUUGGAGUGCUCAUUGCUAUUUUGAUCAAUUCUAUCAAGAGACGUUUCUCUUCAGAAUCACACUCAAGUAUUACAGUAGUAAUAAUGAGUUAGAAUAUCGUUGGUUUGGAUUGAGUGAGCCCAUAUGAUUUACUACGUUAUAAUUUUUAUUCGAGACUAUAAUGGUUAAAUCCAACAGUUCGUCGUAAUUGUAUUUAUUUUAUAGAAGUCUCAAAAUGUUCACGUCAUUUUUUUGUGUUUUUAAUUUACUUUUUCAAUUCUCAAUAACGUUGAAGGAUGUUUUUUUU